GCCAUAAAAUGGAGUCCAUUUGGUGUUGGUCGACAUCGGCUCGGAUUCACCGGAGCACCAUCUCCGACGUUUAUCUCUCGAUCUCGAUCUCGGUAUGGCAUCAUCUGAUAAGCCUGAAGUACUUGCAAGUAAAGUGAAGGAGCAAGAGCAUAAGGAGGGAGACAAGGGUGGAAUCAUUGAAAAAGUUAAAGAAUUCAUCCAUGAAGUAGAAGAGAAGGUUGAGGAGUUAAUACUUGGAAAACCAACUGUAGAGGUCACUGGAAUCCACAUUUCCCAGAUUAGUCUGGAAAAGGUUGAGAUUGUUGUGGACAUACUUGUCACAAAUCCCACUCCAUUGCCAAUUCCUUUGACUGAUAUCAAUUAUUCAGUUGAGAGUGAUGGAAGGAAGCUUGUUUCUGGAUUGAUUCCUGAUGCAGGAACAAUCCAUGGACAUGGUUCAGAAACUGUCAAAAUUCCUGUGACUUUGAUCUUUAAUGACAUCAAGAACAUUCUUCUUGAUAUCAGGCCUGGAAGCAUCAUCCCUUACAAACUCAAGGUUGAGUUUAUUGUGGAUAUACCCAUUUUUGGAAAACUGACCCUGCCACUAGAGAAGACAGGUGAGAUUCCCAUUCCAUGCAAACCUGAUAUUGAUUUAGUGAAGAUAAGUUUUGAUAAGUUCACUUUUGAGGAAACAGUUGCCACACUUCACCUGAAAUUAGAGAACAAAAAUGACUUUGAACUUGGACUGACUGGUUUGGACUGUGAAAUCUGGCUUUCUGAUAUGAACAUUGGAUCUGUGGAGCUGAAGAAAUCUGAAAAAAUUGAAAAGCAUGGAACUGGUACUAUUGAGAUUCCAAUUUCAUUUAGGCCUAAGGACUUUGGUAAUUCCCUUUGGAAUAUGAUUAGUGGAAAAGGUAUUGGUUAUACUCUGAAGGGGUAUUUGUAUGUGGAUUCACCAUUUGGUCCAAUGAAGUUGCCUAUUGGCAAGGUGGGUGCAACCAUUUGUGAGAAUCAAAAACAUGGAUGAUGCUAAGUUUCAAACCAGUCUUCUCAAUGAAAUUCAGGAUGAUGAUCUUUGAGCUAGCUAGGAUCUCAGGCCCCCUUAUGCCCAUGCAAACAAUAAUAUUUUUUAUUGUGUAUCUGUAUUGCAGUUUGUGAUGUGCUUUUGCAUGCUUUUGUGUCUUAUGUUCUCUAUGUAUGAUCAGAGUAAUGUGUCAUGUGAUUCUGGUUUUUCUACUUCAGUUGCAUUUUGAACUUCUUGGAGACCUACUCAAUAAAGUUCUGCAUCAGUUGUUUC